AUGGAUUACAAUACCAUGUGCUACUCAUCAAAAGCAGAACUGUACAAGCGUCGUGAAUCGUUAUCAUCACGCUCCUCUACGCAAUCAUCCGAUUGCGAUGAUGACUUUUUCGCAUUGGUCGAUGAUAUCACCAUGACGCAAGAAGCACCCAAAACGAAGUCUCUCAAGAAAGUGCGAUUCGGUGCUUUAUCAGUAGUCGAAUUCGGAAUCCGAAUUGGUGAUUCCAUUCCCUGCUUUGGCCCCCCCAUUGGAUUGGGCUUGGAAGUCAUCAAGGACGAACUCUGGUCCGUGAACCACUACGAAGCGGUCCGUCCUAAGAGACGAAGCCCAAAAGAACUUCGACUGGAUCCUUGGGAGCGCACGCGCUUGCUAUACCGUCAAGGGUACGACCCAGAGACCAUCCAAGAAGCAGCCUUUGAUGCUGAUUCAGUCCGAGCACACCGCAAGGAUAGCGCCAUGGACCAAGACAAGCCCAUCCAAGAACGACCAGGACUCCUACGGAAAGGAAGCAAGAAGAUCCGCCGCCUUUCCAGUCGUAUGAAACUACCACGAGUUUCAAGGGUAAUGCCACUACUGUUGACGACGGCUCGUCGACACUAA